UUGCUUAUUUCCACAGAUUUAUUUUUUGAAAGUGUUUCAGUAUUCGCUUGUGGGCAGUUUGGCUUUGUUGAAGUUUCAUCGCUUCAUCUUCUUGCAUCUGUCUUAAGCUGGCAAAACCCGACUUCCGGUUGCUUUACAAAUGACAGAAGCGCGAAUUUGAUCGCUUCCACGUCUUUUGACCAACGACUGCCUGACUUCCACUCACCAUUUUCAAGAAGAAUUCUGUCGAAUUUUCUUGAUAAAGAUACGUGUUCAUUGCAUUCUGCUACAGUUGCUGCUGGUGCUCUAGUUGUUUUCCUGAGAUUUUUGUUGGAUGGUGGCCCAUGGUCCGAAUAUCAUUUGGCUGAUCAGCCAGUUGUCAUACACAGUAUUGCUGCGGAAGACAAAUUUCGACAGUAUCGUUACGGUGCUUGGAUGCGCGACUCACUUGUCUCGUCGAUACAGCACAGUCGUCCACCACACAUAGGCUGGUCGUUGGAUUUGUUGGCUUACCUCUUACUUCUUUGUAUUAUUCUCAUUGGCUCGAUUGUUAUGCAUUUAUGUUACAAGCCUCGAGUGAAGCAGUUUUAUCACUUCUCCUACAAAAAACUUUAA